AUGCCAGAUGUACCAUGGGAAAGCGAUGAGAAACGAAACUACAUUUGCAUGCAGAAUAUUAUCACCGAUGUUGUCAGUGAAGGGUUGCGGGAAGUUUUUAAAGACGAAUGGAACACUCGUUACCAAGCAAGCUUCGGAGCGUGGGAUGACACCAGUGUAAGUGGUCUGCAGUUGUUUCAUCGGGAAAAUACACGGAAAAGACCAAACAAGAACGUGUACCAGGCGAAAUUUCAACAUGGAGAUACAAAUCAAUGGGAUUGUUCUGUUCUUUUUGACGCAAUUCUGUACUCAAACUCGAUCGGUAAAUCAAGACUGAAUCCAACAAUUAAAGCUGAAGUGGGCAAUAUUCGAAAUGUUCGAAAUAAAAUUAUGCAUGCUGACAAAACAACCCUAUCUGAUUCUGACUUCCAAACCAUGAGCAUUGAAGUUAAAAAAGCAUUUAUAGCCCUUGGUCUUCCAGUUAACGAUAUAUUGCAAAUAGAAAUUAAGAGAAAUCUUUACAAAUCAUUUCAAGUUUUACCUUCAAAACCAACCCACGAAGUGGUUUAUCGUUCUGAGAAGGUCAACGACAUAAAACAAGAACUCCAGACACUGCACAUUAAUAGCGGAAGCAAACUUACAUAUUUCUAUAUUUCCGGAAAUCCCGAAAGUGGGAAAUCGCAGCUAUCCCGGCAACUCUGCGAGGAUUUGUUCAAACGCGUGAUUUCGGAAACAGAGGCAACAUUUAUGAUGACAUUGAACGCAAAAGAUUUAGAUACUAUUUUUUGUUCGUAUGAAGAUUUCUGUCGACGUCUAAAUUGUUGUCACAAUUCAUUGAUAAAUGUACUCAAUUCGUGCAAACCAAAAGAUGAGAAGAUCAAAGAUUUAAGGUCACUGAUUGAAAGCAGGAUCAAGAACUGGAAAAGGUGGUGGAUCAUAGUGGACAAUGUGGAAAAUCUCGAGAAAAUUUCACUUCUACUACCUCAAAUAGGGGACGAAGUGUGGAAUAAUGGUCAAAUUAUAUUAACAAUUCAGAAUACAACUGCAGUCCCUUCCGACAGUUUAUUUACUAAACAUAUUUCACUCAGUCAUGGUAUGCAGGUACAAGAAUGUCGUCAGUUACUUUCUUCAUUAUCAGGAACUAAUGCUAAUGAUCAAUUGUUAGAUGAAGUUGCUGAGAAGUUAGACAGCCAAACUUUGGCUAUGGCUGCGGCAGGUCUAUACAUGAAAAAAGUUAUUGAGACAAAUUGUUCUCCAAAUUUUUCGUGGCAAGAUUACUUGAACAAAUUAAAAUGCAAAAGAAAAGCCACGGAAGAACAGCUUCACAGAAUCAGUUCAGCCUACCCAUCCACCAUGUCGGCGGCGGUGUCCCUAGCUGUUGAAAAUUCUGCAGAAAAUAGUUUCAUUUUGAAUCACACUUUCAUUCUUUUUUCUCUGAUCUCUUUUGAACUGUUACCAGUUGAUAUUAUUGUUAAAUACAUUCAGCUAAUUGAUCAAGAUAGCGAAAAAGAGGAAAUUUGUUUGGCAUUGAAAGAGUGUUCGCUUCUUCUUACCGAGAAUGAAGAUUGCUAUGUGCGGCUACAUCGCGUUGUCCAUGAAGCAAUUAAAUUGUUUAGCAAUUGCAAAGAGACGGAAAAUAAACACUAUUCUCCAAAUUGCAUUGCCAAUAAAAGAGCAAAGGUUGACGUUGCCAGUAGAGUUCAAAAUGUUGUAAGAGCAUUUCAUCUUUUUAAAGACAGGAAUGAUAAAAUUAAAAUGAUUCCACAUUUGAAAGCAUUCAAUACAGCAGUUAAAAAACUAUUUCCCGAACAAGACUCGCUAUAUUCAGUUAGUUUAGGCUUUGAAAAACUUGAAAUUUAUGCCAUAUAUCGGCUUUUUGGGAGAACUUUAUAUGACUACUGCGAGUAUCAAAUCGCGGUCGAAUUUCAUAAUACAAAUCUUCUGAUAUGGAGGGAUUCAGAAAAGCACCAUUACAGGUCUCGUACAUUUAACGACCUUGGCGAAUCGUACACAAAAAUGGGCAAAUUCGAUCAGGCUAAGGAUUAUUACCAACGAGCGCUGGAAAUUAGAGAGAAACUCCUAGGACCACACCACGUUAAUGUUGCAGAUUCUUACAACAAUAUUGGUACAGUGUAUGAUGAAAAAGGUGACCUGGACCAAGCAAAAGAUUAUUACCAACGAGCACUGGAAAUUAAAGAAAAACAACUAGGUCCAAUCCACGUUGAUCUUGCAGUUUCUUAUAACAAUAUUGGUACAGUGUACCGACGUAAAGGUGACCUGGAGAAGGCUAAGGAUUAUUAUCAACGAGCACUGAAAAUUCAAGAAAAACAACUAGGUCCAAACCAGGUUGAUGUUGCGACUUCUUAUAAUAAUAUUGGUAUAAUAUAUCGUGAAAAAGGUGAUCUAGACCAGGCCAACGAUUAUCACCAACGAGCACUGGAAAUUCGAGAAAAAGAACUAGGUCCAAAUCAUGUUGAUGUUGCUGUUUCUUAUAACAAUAUUGGUACAGUGUAUAAUGGUAAAGGUGAGCUGGACAAGGCUAAGGGUUAUUACCAACAAGCUCUGGAAAUUCAAGAAAAACAGCUAAGGCCAAAUCACGCUGAUGUUGCACGUUCUUAUAACAAUAUUGGUACAGUGCAUCAUCAUAAAGGUGAUCUGGACAAUGCCAAGGAUUAUUACCAACGAGCAGUGGAAAUUAAAGAGAAACAACUAGGUCCACACCACAUUGAUGUUGCAGCUUCUUAUUACAAUAUUGGGAUGAUGUAUGAUGGCAAAGGUGACCUUGCCGAAGCUAAAGAUUAUUACCAGCGAGCACUGCAAAUUCAAGAAAUACAAUUAGGCCCAAACCACGUUGAUGUUGCACGUUCUUAUAGCAAUAUUGGUACAGUACAUAAAGAUUAUUACCAACGAGCACUGCAAAUUCAAGAAAAACAACUAAGACCAAACUUCAUUGAUGUUGCACGCUCUUGUAACAAUAUUGGUGGAGUGUAUGGUCGUACAGGGGACCUAGACAAGGCCAAGUAUUAUUACCAACGAACACUGGAAAUUCAGGAAAAACAACUCGGUCGAACACAUGUUGAUGUUGCACACUCUUAUAACAAUAUUGGUACAGUUUAUAGUCGUAAAGGUGACCUGGGCAUGGCUGAGAAUUAUUACCAACAAGCACUGGAAAUUCAAGAGAAACAACUAGGUCGACACCAUGUUGAUGUUGCAACUUCUUAUAACAAUAUUGGUAUAAUGUAUUGUGAUAAAGGUGAUCUGGACCAGGCCAAUGAUUAUCACCAACGAGCACUGCAAAUUCAAGAAAAAACAACUAGGUGCAAACCACGCUGAUGUUGCACAUUCGUUGGACAAUAUUGGCACAGUGUAUCAUCAGAAAGGUAACCUGGACAACGCUAAGCAUUAUUACGAACGAGCACUGGAAAUUAAAAAGAAACAACUAGGUUUAAACCACGUUGAUGUUGCAGCAUCUUACUACAAAAUUGGGAUAUUGCAUGAUGAUAAAGGUGACCUCGCCCAGGCUAAGGACUAUUACCAACGAGCACUGGAAAUUCAAGAAAACCAACUAGGUCCAAACCACGUUGCUGUUGCACGUUCUUAUAACAAUAUUGGUGCAGUGUACGGUCGUAAAGGUGACCUAGACCAGGCUAAAGAUUAUUACCAACGAGCACUGGAAAUUAAAGAGAAACAACUAGGUCCAAACCACCUUGAUGUUGCACGUUCUUAUAACAAUAUUGGCACAGUGCAUGGUCGUAAAGGUGACCUCGAACAGGCUAAAUAUUAUUACCAUCGAACACUGCAAAUUCAAGAAAAACAACUAGGUGCAAACCACGUUGAUGUUGCACGUUCUUAUAACAAUAUUGGUGGAGUGUACGGUCGUCAAGGUGACCUGGACAAGGCUAUGGAUUAUUACCAACGAGCACUGGAAAUUCAAGAAAAACAACUAGGACCAAACCACGUUGAUGUUGCGCAUUCUUAUAACAAUAUUGGUACCGUGUAUGGUCGUAAAGGUGACCUCGACAAGGCUAAGGUUUAUUAUCAACGAGCACUGGAAAUUCAUGUAAAACAACUAGGUCCAAACCACGUUGAUGUUGCUGUUUCUUAUAACAAUAUUGGUACAGUGUAUGAUGGUAAAGGAGACCUUGCCCAGGCAAAGGAUUAUUACCAACGAGCACUGGAAAUUAAGAAAAACAACUAAAUGAAUUGUGUAGAACUUUACAUCCAUUGUAUAAUAGAAUAAUUAUCUUCUAUCAAUUGUCAAAAAAUGUAAUUUAUUUACUACGCCCGCCAAUGUUAGGAAGAUAAAAAUUAGAUCAUAAGAUCUAGAUCAUAAGCAAAUUACUUAGACUGCUUACUGUUACUAUAUACAAAACUAUUUUUUACUCCAUUGGUCUUACAAAUAGAAAACAAAUGCUGUACACAAACAAGACAGCCUUGCAUUACCCUAGCCCUCUCUUAACACAGUUAGUACUAUAUAAACACUGGAG